AUGAUAUCGAAAAGAAUUAUAUUGACAAACAUAAACCACACAUAUAAAAGAUAUGCUUCGAAUGAAGCAAAGAAAGGUGGUAAGAGAUUCAUGCAAACUAUACCUGUUACAACAAGCAAAAAUGAUUUCUAUUCAGGAUUGAAAUAUCCUAUGAAGACAAAUUUUGGAGAAUCAUCAAGGGAUUCUGGUGAUUUGAGCUCUAAAUGGUCUAGACAUUCGUUGGGUUCGAUGGAAAAUGUGUCUACUAAGGACCAAAGUACUUCAGCACCCGCCAGGAGAUCCCGGGCAUCCAAAUUUUCCAAUAAGACAUUAAAGAACAUCAGCAAGCCUGAAGUAGCAGAGACUAAGAACACUAAGGAAGAAACGAAGAACAUAGACACCGAGAAGUCCGCACAACCUAAUAUAAUAUCCACAGCAACUGUCGAGCCUACGACUACAAAGACAACGGAAACAGAGAAGCCAAUGAAGAAAACAAAGCAAAAGAGAACAUUGCGUCCUAGAAAAGCAUUGAUCACUUUGAGUUCUAAUGCAGUGGAGCAUUUGAAGGACUUAUUGGACCAACCUGAACCGCAAUUGAUCAGAAUCGGGGUACAGAACAGAGGCUGUUCAGGAUUGACAUAUAACUUGGAAUACGUGACAGAGCCAGGUAAAUUCGAUGAAAAAGUAGAACAAGAUGGCGUAAAGGUGUACAUAGACUCAAAGGCCCUUUUUUCGAUUGUGGGGUCUGAGAUGGAUUGGUUGGACGAUAAAUUAUCAUCAAGGUUUAUCUUUAGAAAUCCAAACUCUAAAGGUACUUGUGGGUGUGGUGAAUCAUUCAUGGUCUAA